ACUGAAUAAAAGUUACAUAGAAGAAAAAAAGGACCCCCCUUUCCACACUAAGAUAUCCACUCCAGAACCAACCAGACCUUCAACAAACAAACAAAUGCACACACAAUAGAUACAUAUAUACAUACACACACACAUGUGUGUGUGUGGGUGUAAGUAUAUAUCAUAUAUGUGGAAAAAGAAGCAGAAGAAAACAAAUACAGAGAGAAAGCAGUGGCCAAAAAAUCCUUUGCCUACUGGAUCCUCUCUGCAGAGCCCAUAGAUUUUGUGGGUGACUCUGUGUGUGUGUGUGAGAGAGAGAGAGAGAGAGAGAGAGAGAGAGAGAGAGAGAGAGAGAGAGAGAGAGAGAGAGAGAGAGAGAGAGGUAAAGAUGAAAGCUUUAUCAAAGCCAUUAUCAAGUCCAGGGAGAACAGACAAGUUUCCACCGCCAUUGAUGAGGUUCUUGAGAAGUAACGUGGGGAGCAGAAGCAGAGGAAAAUCACGGUCGAGCCCAAUGUUGUACCUCCGCACCAGAAAAACACUGCCCGGCCCCACCGAACCAACCCAAGAACCUACCUCCCCAAAGGUCACCUGCAUCGGCCAGGUCAGAGUCCGCCGCUCCUCCAAAUCCAACCCCAAAAAACCCGCCGGAAAAGUGACGCGCCGCCGCUGCCGGCGGUGGCUCAAGAUCAAAACCCUAUUCUGCGGGAAAAGUUCCCUUACUUCCACCACCACCCACAAAAGACCCUUCAGAAGGACAUUUAGCAAGUGGGGUUCUUUUUUUAGGUCUGGGUAUUGCAAGAAUAAUGCUGAUGCCACCGAAGAUUCUCUGAGAAAGAAAAUCGAAUAUAAAGAAAAAGUCGAUGCUUCUGUUUAUAGUAGCAAUAAUAAUAAUAAUAAUCACAGGACUAACAGCAGUACUAGUGGUGAGAGUGAGUAUAGUGUUGUUAACAAGUAUGAAAAUAUUGGAGGUGGAUCUUUGAAGUUUCUAGAAUGUUCUUCUUCUUCGUCUACUCCGCCGCCGCCGCCGCCGACAAACGCUUUGAUUCUCACGAGGUGUAGAUCUGCUCCUUACAGAUCUUCUUCAUUGGGUGGCAUUUUCUGGGCUUCUGCAUUUGCUCAUCAAGAAGUUGAAAAUGCGGAGAAAUUAGAGGAAGUUGAAGUGGAAGUGGAAGAAAAGGCGGUGGUGAUUUGUCGAAAAAGUAGCGAAAAAUCGGAGAAAAAUGAUGAGGAUUUGAAAAGGGUAAGUGUACAUCCUUUAGUGCUGAUGAGAUGUAAAUCAGAACCGGUAAGAACAGGGGAAAGGCUUCUUAAUCAAGAAGACACUGCUUUUUCGAGGUUAGAUAAUGUUGUUGAUUCUCGUUCACACCCUAAUUCAUAGUAAUUUUUGAAUUUUUUUUCUUUUUUUUUGGAUUGUUGUACACAGAGAAAGCUUGAUGUAUGUGAUGAUUUUAU